AUGCCCAAGCGCUGCCCUUUGUACAUCAUAUUGGCCAAGUACACCUCUGAUCUGUUCGUCGUUCGCAUCAACAAGUACGACUUCAGCGGGAACCGGAGACACCACGCGUACGUCGUUCGUGACAUCUUUGUGAACAACUUGACUCUGGAUAACUACGCCGCCCAACGCUUGGAGCUCGUCUUACGCAACCAGUACAUCUACUACAUCAGCGCCGCCUACGUCCCCUCAUGCAUGUUGCUCAUCAUCUCGUACUUAACUUAUUACUUCGACGUCGAGGACUUCUCCAACCGGGUGACGGUGGCUCUGACGUCCCUCCUCGUCCUGGCCACGCUCUUCUCCGAGCUGGUCGGCGGCCUCCCGAAGACCUCAUACUUGAAGCUCAUCGAUAUUUGGUUCCUGGGCUGCAUCAUCGCCAACUUCCUUAUGGUCAUGUGCCUCGUUAUCAUCGACAAAAGGAGGAAGGAGGGCGUAGAGGAGGGGUCUAAAAGCCAGUGGGUGGUUAACAGAGUCGUGCCGCAAGGGAGGGUGGAUGGUGGAGGGAUGAAGGCUCAAGGCCGCAGGGGCGUGAGUAGGGCUCAGCUGAACGCCAUCUUGAAGAUAGCCAUCCCGGUGGUCUUCGGUGUCUUCGUCAUCUUGUACUGCGCUUUCGUCAUGAGUGCUCUUAGUGGUUGA